UCGGCUACUUCCAUGAACAGAUCGCUUUCAAUUUGCAAUCAUUUGGUUUCGAGGCAGAUCCCGUCUGUCAACUAACUGCACUAAUGUGCUAUUUCUCACACAUAGAAAAGGGUGGAAUUUAGGCGUGUCUACUUCGAGGUUGGCAGGUAAAAACCCAAUGGAUGGGAAACACGGAAGUUCGCAAAAACUGCCAGCUCCUCCACAAUCACAGUUGGUUUAAUGGAGAUGAAUUAAACACGACGGGUCACAGGGGAUGCUGAGAGCCUCACGGUAAACGUUUUGUUCACCCUUUCGAUCUGAUGGUUGGAUUUGAUUGCUCGGAUAGCCUGGAAAACCAACCCCAGCACAAAGAUCGACAGGCGAUGCAUCGUCUCUGAUGUGAAUUCAGACUUCUACUACGUAUCUACUUCAACGUUUAAAUCAAUAACCAGGUUCCAGAGUCACAAUGAGUGCUGCAGUCAGUGGGGGUCAAGAGCCCUCCAUCUCUACUGGAAAUCCAGGACUCAGUGCAAAGGAUGUCAACCAGUUGGUCAUGGAGUUCAUGAUGUUCAUGAUGAGAGCGAUUGUCCUGUGCUAUCCUGUAUACCUGACCGGCUCGCUUGGACUCAGCAUCAGCUGGAUUCUCCUGAGCAUGCUGAUGUGGACCAUGUGGAAAAACAACCGCAGGUGGAAAGAUCAGAGGAUCGACACAGCAAUUGACUUUUUGGAAAACGAGAAGGACGUGAUCAGCACUGAACUCAAAGCCAUGAACAUGCCAGCUUGGAUUCACUUUGCAGAUGUUGAGAAGGCUGCUUGGAUCAACAAGAUUCUUCAGCAAGCAUGGCCGUUCUUUGGCAUGUACAUGGAAAAGCUUCUCAUUGAAAACAUUCAGCCAUCUGUAAGAUCGUCCAGCCCCCAUCUGAAGACCUUCACCUUUACUAAAGUUCACAUGGGACAGAAGGCUCCAACUAUUACAGGGGUACGGGUGUACACGCAUGAGCUGGAAACAAGAGAGGUCAUCCUUGACUUCAACAUUACUUAUGAAGCUGAUGUAGACAUUGAUGCAGAUGUUAAACCAGCCAUCAAAGUUGGAGUCAAAGGCCUUCAGCUUCAGGGAAUGCUACGAGUAAUUCUCGAGCCUCUGAUUGGCCAGGCACCUCUUGUAGGUGGAGUCACCAUGUUCUUCAUUCGUCGUCCCGCUCUGCAAGUCAAUUGGACUGGAAUGACCAACCUUUUGGAUGGUCCAGGACUAAGUCAUCUGUCAGAAUCAGCCAUUGUGGAUAUCAUCGCCUCUCUCAUGGUUCUGCCCAAUCGCAUGUGCUUCCCUUUGAUUGAUCAGGUCAAGGUUGAUCAAAUGAAGUUUCCUCUUCCUCGAGGAGUUGUACGGGUCCAUGUUUUGGAGGCCCGGGAUCUUGUAGCCAAAGACACGUACAUGAUGGGCCUCGUAAAGGGCAAGUCAGAUCCAUAUACUGUGCUGAGGGUCGGAAACCAGCAAUUCAAAACAAAGACCAUCAAAGAAACUUUGAAUCCACGCUGGAAGGAAGUUUAUGAGUUUGUCAUUCAUGAAGCUCCUGGGCAAGAGUUGGAGGUGAAACUUUAUGACGAAGACACAGAUGCCGAUGACUUUUUGGGCAGGUUUAGUCUGGAUUGUGGGGAUGUGAAAAAAGACCGAGAGAUAGAUGAGUGGUUCACCCUGGAGGACAUAGAGACUGGUCAGAUACAUAUGAAAUUGCAAUGGUUUUCUUUGCACACAAACCCAGCACUACUGCAGGAGACCAGUGAUGGGCUCGCUUGUGCCAUGUUGGCAGUAUACCUGGACAGUGCCUCUAAUCUGCCUAAAGACCACCGUGAAUUUACCCAUAAUGAAAAGCAUGGAAAACCACCCAAAGAAGCUCGGCUUACCAGAAGAACUAAUGAUCCCAACUCAUAUGUGGAGUUUUCCAUUGAUCAGCAAAGUAAAAAAAGCAAGGUUGUGUUUGCCUCAAAAGACCCAACUUAUGAUGAAUGCUUCACAUUCUUUGUGCACAGUGUGAAUAACCAAGUGUUGAAUGUUGAGGUAAAAGAACACGAGAAGAAAUCCUCGCUGGGCAAACUCACUCUGCCAUUGGUCCGGCUGCUCAAUGUUUCUGACAUGACCAUGGACCAGCGCUUUCUGCUUGAGCGCUCCGGAGCCAACAGCCAGAUCAAGAUGAAAGCUGUUCUCAGGAUUCUUACGUUGGAGAAACGGGAACCAAAGGUUGUCACUCCACCAGAUCAGGCUCAGGAAAAAGUAUUGUCUACCCAAAUACACCCUGAGCCUCAAACUCCAGUUCCAGCUCAACCUGUACAGGGCAUCCCGAAAGUGCCUGUUUCAUCUGUCCCACUCUCCAGAACACAGACUGCUCCUGUCCCUAUGCCAUCUUCAGUCAGCUCCUAUAAUGAACUCCAAGCGGAGUAUACUCCCUACCGACGAAGCACUUUCGUGAGCACAGAGCCGCUGCGUUCAACCCCCUCCACCCCCAGUCAAAUGCGUCGCUACGAUUCCCACAGCCUGUUGUCGGAGAACUCUAUAGCUUCUUCUCGCUUCGAUCUAACAGACAAUGCUACUUAUCCAGAGGCCAUCUUGAAUCAUCAGGGCAGCUUUGGACAGAUCCAACUCACAUUGCGUUAUGCCACCUUAAGGAAACGGCUCAUUGUGAUUGUCAGCAGCUGCAAGGAUCUGUUCUCCUGCAGCGAGAGGGGCUCUGAUACUUACGUCCGCAUGUAUCUGCUGCCUGAUCAGACGUGGAAGCACCGCAAGCGCACUUCAGUUAAAAAGAAGACCGUGAACCCUGUCUUCAAUGAGACAUUUGAGUUUGCUGUUUCAAUGGAGGAAGCAAGAACAAGAAAGUUGGAUGUUGCCGUCAAAAACAAUAAAAUGCUUCACAAAAGAGAGCGCAAGGAGAUUGGAAUGGUUUUGAUCGAUAUGUCUGAAAUGGAUCUCAUCAAGGGUUUCACAGAAAUGUAUGAACUCACUCUCCCUGGGCUAAAGAAGACAAAUUAGGAGAACACAAAAUAACUGAGCAAAUGUAUUAUUUUUGCU